GCUCGCUCAGUCUGCGGCGCGAAGGGGCGGCGUGCGGAGCUGGGGUGAGGCGUGGGUCCCCGCUCGGCCCGGGGGUUUUAAUUUUUUUUUUUUUUUUUUUUUUUUUUUUUUUUUUAAUUCUUUACCUCCCGCUCCCCUUCGCCUACCUGCUUUCCCCAUGGAGUUCAAGCUGGAGGCUCAUCGCAUCGUCAGCAUCUCACUUGGCAAGAUCUACAGCGCGCGGGGCCAGCGCGGCGGCCUGAAGCUGCACAAGAACCUCCUGGUGUCGCUGGUGCUGCGCAGCGCCCGGCAGGUCUACCUGAGCGAGCCGGGCUGCCCGCCCGAGCCGCCCCCCGUGGCCGCCGGCCACCCCGAGGAGGAGCCGCCGCCCCGCACCGCCGCCUGGGCGGCCGAGGAGCCGCCGCCGCCGCCCCCGCAGGACGAGGCGGGGAGGGACUGCCAGGGCCCCCGGCCGCGGCGCUGUUGCUGCGGCGAGAACCGCGGGGGCUGCGCCGGGGCCCCCCCGCCGCCGCACUGCCCCCGCAAGCGGAGCGCCGGCGAGGGCGGCCAGGCGGGCUCCCCGGUGAAGAAGCCCCGCCGCGAGGAAGAGGAGCCGCCGCCGAUGCCGCCGCCACCGCCGCCCUCGCCGCCGGGCGAGCAGGAGGACAUGGAGACGGGCAACGUGGCCAGCCUCAUCAGCAUCUUCGGCUCCAGCUUCUCGGGACUGCUCAGCAAGGAGCCCAAGGGCCGGCGGCGACCGCCUCUGGACGGCGGCGAGGCGGCGGCGGGCACGGCGCCCGCCGAGGCGGCGGCCGAGCCGGGACAGAUCUGCUGCGACGAGCCGGUGCUGCGGACCCUCAACCCCUGGAGCACGGCCAUCGUGGCCUUCUGAUGGCCCGGCCGCAGAGACUGGCUCCCCGCCGCGGGCCGGGGGGCCCGGAGGUGACACCCACCGAGCGCCGCGGGGCUCCGGCGCCGGCCAGACCCGGCGCCCUAUGCCGCCGCACGGGAGGGACCGCGGGCAGCAGCGGCGGCACUUCCCCGUUCCCCGCCGGGUCCCGGCUGCCGGCACCCGCCCUGGGAGCGCCCCCGGCCCUGCCCUCCCGGAAUUCCCCUUCCCGGCAGAGCCGCCGCCCUCCCCGGCGCCUGGGGGAGGCUCCUCGGCUGCCGCCGACCCUGGGGGCGCCCCCGGCGGGUGAUAUUUUAAGCUUGGAAAGUAUUAAGUUUAUUAAAUAAAGUGUCUAUUUUGGAAAGGUUUAGGUCAGAACUAUUACAUGGUGCUUUUUAAAAGUGUUUAUUGAGAGGAACGAAGUUUACAGACGCUCUGACGGAAAGUCCUUGAGCCUGUUUGUUAGGCUUGGUAACUCCCGGUCUUUGUUGUAUAAAGGCUUGGGGCUCCCGUAGGGAAUUUUGUACAGUGUUCUCCUUCAGUGAUGUAUCAUGUUUUGUAUAAAAUGUAAUUUCUACGUGUACAACACGUAUUAAAUAUUUUCAACUGUA